ACACGGCGAGGAUAAAGCAAGAUGGCGUCUGACGGUGAAGACGUUAUUGCAGUCGUCACAGUUCAAUGUUCUUAAUCUGUGCCUCCAUGUACACAUAUAUGUCCUUUAUUACACUCUAGUAAAUAGAGUAAACAUCGUUAAUAACUGUUUGCAUCCGGUUAUAUUAGUCUGAGCGCACUUUGAUGCUUCUCGAGCUAGAUUAGCUUGCUAGUUAGCUUAGCUUGUUAGCUGCUAACAAAGAGAGGCGGAAGUGGUCAAAACACAUCGCUAAGUAAAGAUCAAGUGUGAGUGUAAAGUGUUGUGAUUGUGUGAAAAUGUGCCAAAGAACCACAACAGAGUACGAGGAGGAACUUUAUCCAACAAAAGAGGAGAAGGAGCGACAACAUGAAAAACAUCAAGUUGUGUUACACAGAACAGACAUCCAUCAGCUGAUUGGACACCAAGAAGAAUGUCUCCCUCAUCUGCAGGGGGACAGUUUCACUUUAGAGUGUCCACAGCCCUCACAUUUUAAAGGGGACAAGGAGGUUCCACAGCCCUCUUAUUUCAAAGAGGAAGAGGGGGGAGAGUGUCCUGUAGGGCAGGAGGAGGCUGAUGUCAGCAAGUUUCCACUGACUGUUGUCUCUGUGAAGACUGAAGAGCAUGAAGACAAACCACCUGAGUCCUCACAGCUUCAUCACAGUCCAAACGUCUGUGAAGAACAUCUUCACCCUGAGCAACAGAAGUGGAGCUUCAGGAUGCGAACGGAGGAGCCACAGCCCUUCCACAUUAAGAAGGAAGAGGAAUACCUACUGACCCCCAUUUUUAAAGAGGAAGAGGAGGACCCACAGACACCCCAUUUUAAAAAGGAAGUGGUGGAUCCACUGACACCCCAUUUUAAAAAGGAAGCGGUGGAUCCACUGAGCCCUCACAUUAAAGAGGAAGAGGAAGAACACAGCAUCAAUCAGCAGGGAGAGCAUCUUGAAGGACUGGAGGAGGUUGAUGUCACCAAGAUGCCAGUGACUGGUGUCCCUGUGAAGAGUGAAGGUGAUGAGGUGAAAGGUGAAAGUGAGGAGAGGGGAGGGGGGGAGCCUCCAAGCAGCAGCUCAACACAACACAUGACAACAGAAGCUGAUGGAGACCACUGUGGAGGAUCACAAGCAGACAAGCUCUUAGCUCCACUAUCAGAUAGUGAGGACACAACGUCACACUCUCCUGACACUGAUGAUGAAGACUCUAAAGAUGAUAAGACAUGUCACACUGACAACACUCACUUCACAUCUUCUCUCUGUCACAAAACCUUUAAAUACCAUAGUCAUCUGAAAAGACACAUGAGAACACACACUGGAGAAAAACCUUUCUCUUGUUCAAUCUGUAGUAAAGGUUAUGCACAAAGUCAGAAUUUGAAAAGACACAUGAAAACACACACUGGAGAAAAACCUUUUUCAUGUUCAAUCUGCGGUAACGAUUUUACUCAUAGGCAACAUUUGAACACACACAAGAGAAUACACACUGGAGAAAAACCCUUUACUUGCUCAGAAUGCUGUAAAAGAUUUGCGCGAAAAGCAGAGUUAAAAAGACACAUGAGAAUACACACUGGAGAAAAACCAUUCAUAUGCUCAGUUUGUGGCAAAGGAUUCUCCCAGAAGGGACAUUUGGUAAACCACACAAAAACACACACUGGAGAAAAACCUUUUUCAUGUUCAAUCUGUGGUAAAGGAUUUACUCAAAGGCACCUUUUCAAAGCACACAUUAGAAGACACACAGGAGAAAAACCUUUUUCAUGUUCAAUGUGUGGUAAAGCUUUUACUCGAAGUGACCAUUUCAAAGCACACAUGAGAAUACACACUGGAGAAAAAACAUUUUUAUGUUCAAUCUGCGGUAAAGAUUUUACCCGAAGGGACCAUUUCAAAGCACAUAUGAGAAUACACAAUGAAUAAAAAACCUUUUCACUGUUAAGAAUGUGGUGAAGCUUUUGUACAAUGAAGCACUUUGAAAGUACACAUGAGAACACACACUGGAGAAAAACCUUUUUCAUGCUCAGAAUGUGUUAAAGCGUUUGUGUGAAAAAGCACAUUGAAAGUAGCCAUGAGAACACACACUGGAGACAUACCUUAUUGUAACCUGGGUGACAAAACCCCAUUAAAUAUCCUCAUUUAAAUAUCCUUUUAAAACCCCAUUGAAUAUUCUUUCUAAUUCAAUCUUCCUAUUUAAAUAAUUGUAUUUAAAUAUCCUCUCAAAACCCCAUUGAAUAUUAUUUCUAAUUAAAUAUCUUUCUAUUUAAAUAUCAUUUUACUUAAAUAUCCUAUUUAUUUUCGUGUCUUUGCUUGCGUCAUUGCGUCACGCGGUCACGUGACCUAUUGCGGGAAGCAUAAAAUCCAGUAGUGGGCUUCUUCCAGGAAGAGCGAGAGGGACGUUGCUGCAGGAGCCAACUACUGAAGCCGUGGGUCGUCGUGCGAGAGUGUUUAAGUGGGAUUUAUCUGCGGAAUUGGCCAUGUUGGAUGGCGAGCUAGAGCCUGAAGCUUUAUGCCUGGAACUGAACCAACCCAACUGAAUCCACCCAACCGAGCCGGGCGGCUAGGAGGCUCCUCAGCAGCCGCUCUGUUUUUUCCCUUUGGUUUUUCAUAAGUCAACAAGUUCAUUUCUGUCCUCCCUGAACUUUCACAUUUACCCCGUUACCUUCACUAAAACCCCUCUGGACACUGCCACCACAACGUGGACUUUGCGAGGUCCUUUAAUGAACUGUCGUGUUGCGCCUAUACCAUUCUUGGUAAAAACAAGGACUGAAUCAAGUACUGUAUCACAUUGUAAAUAUUGAACGUUCUGUAAUUUAUGUUGAAAAUGUGAAUGGCCAUUCCAAUUUACAUGUCUUUUUGUUGUUGUUUAUUUUCCCUAUAAUUCUUUAAUAUAAUUUGGUACCAUUUAAACAUAAAACCUGUGUUCAGUCUUCAUUACUCUCCAUUCCUAGAGCUGAAUUGAGUUUCUUCUGAUCUAGCCCAGUUAUAUAAUUCAUUGUUUACUUAAUACUUGUACAGUGCUUUACUUAAGUAACAUGCAGGCUACAUUAUACAUAUAUUGUAAAAGUUUUAUACAAAGUCUGCUUUUGAAAAGACUCAUGAGAAUACACACUGGUAAGUAAGUGUUGAGUUGCAGUGUGUGUGGUGAAAGAUUCUCUUCUAGGCUUCACGGUGAAAGAGGGGUGAGUGCGUCUGCCUCACAAUACAAAGGUCCUGAGUAGUCCUGUGUUCAAUCCCGGGCUCGGGAUCUUUCUGUGUGAAGUUUGCAGGUCCUCCCCGUGAAUGUGUGGGUUCCCUCUGGGUACUCCGGCUUCCUCCCACUUCCUGUCAAAGUUUGUUGUUGACGAACCCCAUGAUGCGGAGACGGAGUCAGGCAUUGAAUAAGGAAACAUGGUUUUAAUAUAAAAUACUAGAACAAAACCAAACAAAGGGUACAAACAAAAAGCACGCACAUGGGAGGAUAACAACCCAAGAGAGCUAGCAUGGGAGCUAGAAAACAAAAAGGAAAUUUAGCAUGGAAAACAGAAGUCGUACUUGUACUUAGAAAACAAACUGGAAGCAGGGAACAAAAGGCAGUAAGCUAAAAACCGCAAUCAAACAUAGCUUACAGCAACGCUGCAUGGACAAGACAAGAUACGACAGGUAGCAAAGACAAGUGCGACAUGUGGCAACGACAAUAAUCCAGCACUGACUGGAGGAAAAAAGCAGGUAAAAUAGGAGCGGGCUGAUUGUAGCCAGGUGUAGCCAGGUGCCAAUCAGCCACAGCUGAGGGAAAAACAGCACACAGGGAGACAAACAGGAAGCUGGACUAAAAUAAGAGUGCUGACAGGAACUAAGGACAGGAUAUUCCAAACACAUAGAGGAGAAACUAAAACACAAACUGUCAGUGGCAAGCGUGACA